AUGGCUCCGAUAUUGCCUUCGUUGUCGGGUUUGAGUUCAUUGAUAGAGCUGAAUCUAAGGGACUGCAAUCUUUGUGAAGGAGAUAUUCCUAAUGAUAUUUCUUGUCUAUCCUCUUUGGUAAUGCUCAAUCUCAGUGGUAACAAUUUCAUCAGCCUACCUGAUUCUCUUACUCGACUUUCCAAGCUUAAAGGUCUUGCAUUGAUGAAUUGCCGAGGGCUGAAAUCGUUGCCUGAGCUUCCAACAAGUGUAGAAUAUGUGAGCAUAGAUGAUUGUGCUUCUCUGGAACUAAUUGCUAAUCCAUCAAAAGUAUACAAUCGAAUGGUUUUCAUGUUUAAAGGUAUCAACUGCUGCAGAUUGGCUGAGAACAUCAAUGCAUUAACAUUGCUGAAAAAACAUCUCAAGGUAUUUGCAAAUUCAAGAGAAAGGUUUGCUGUUAUUAUGCCUGGAAGUGAAAUCCCGGAAUGGUUCAGCCAUCAAAGAGUCGACUCUUCAAUAAAGAUGCCACUGCCUCUCAAUAUUCGGAAUGAUAGUCAAUGGAUGGGAGUUGCUUUCUGCUGCAUUUUUGCCGGUGGUGAUUCUUCGGGGGAUGAGCAAAUCUGGUGUGAUGUCAGUUGUAGAGGAGCUCGAAAUCUUGGUAUGUUAUACAUUCCUUUAGGGAAUAGAUUUAAUCAGCCCAUAAAAAAUGACCACCUUUUUCUUCGUUACUGGGGGCGUGACUUGUUAUAUCCAUAUUCCUUGAAGAACGAAUGUGGUGAAAGUGAAACCGAGAAUACAUCAACACCUGAUUGCUCAAAUCAGGAAUGCGAUGAAGUUGAAUUGUCAUUCGAAUAUUUUGGCAAAGGUGUUGGGGUGAAGAAAUGUGGGGUUGGGAUAGUGUAUGAGAAAGAUUUGGAAGAUGUCCAACUUACAACAGAGCAACACAUCAAUCAAAGUAGCCCACAAAUUGAAUGAAGACUCCACCGUUGAUGGACACAGAGAAAAGUUUGUUGAUUAUGCCGACUUUCUAAU